AUGGUGGCGGAUGGGGAAGCCCUCGUCAACUUGGCUCACAACUUCUUCUUUGGAGAUGCCGUGCUUUUUGCUGCCGGCUGCAAGGUCUGCCCCAUGGAGAUCACCGAGCCCAACCAGCUGGGCAUGGGGGACACGUUUGAUGUGUUCGCGGGCAAGUGCAACAACGCCGCAGCCACUGGGCUGCGAGAUAUCUCCGUGGCGGGGGCAGGCAAGGAGGCGAGGGUGAGUCUGUCGGGCAACUGCCUCACGCUCAGCGCGGAUGCGUAUUGCUCCUCCAACGCCACCCAGCGCAGCACGGCAGCCUGCCAGGCGUUCUGCAGCAUCACGGACAACGGCCCGUGUGACGGCCAUGGGGCAUGUGUGCCGCCUGCACCCGCCUCCCCCACGAACUUCACCUGCCUCUGUGAUGCCGGCUACUCUGCUCUCGACUCGGGCAACGGCUCUACCUGUGCCAUUGUCAACUCCACCACCACCACCACCAAUGCUCCCUUUGUCACCCCCCAUCCCCUCACUCACUUCGUAAACCCCCCCUCUCCUAUUAAUUCCCCCCGUCCCCGAUCCGGCCCUCCCAACCCUCCUCUCACCCUUCCCUGCCAUGGUAGUGUCCUCCCUGUCCACGGGCGCCAUAAGAAGUGGGAGGGGCUGGAUGUGUGCGAGCAGUUCUCGCUGCAGCAGAUGGUGAAGGCCACCAACAACUGGUCGGACGACUGA